AUGGCUGCUUCAGCAGUAGGAGGAUGGGUAGCCUCAGCUUUCAUCACCAAGCUAGUUGAGAAGGUGUGCACCUAUGCUGGAGACCAGUAUGAAUACCAACGGAAAGAUACAAAGGAGAAACUAAGUACCCUAGAGAAGAAUCUAUCGUCGAUCCAAACAGCGAUACAUAUAGCUGAGAGAGUGCAGGCAAAGAACAUAGCCAUGGGAAGUUGGCUAAGGAGAAUCAAAGAUGCUGCCUGUCAAGCUGAGGAUGUUCUCGAUUUGUUUGACUAUCGAGUUCUCCAAGCACAAGCUGAAGACAGGGGCAUGAUUAGCUCAGUUGCUUCAGCUGCAGCUGGCUCAUCUUCUUCAUCCUCAAGCACCGUCACCACUGCCUCUACCACCACUAGCAGUAGCAGCAGCUCGACAGUAAAUCAGUCGGUUCGUCUUCUCAAACGCUUUCUAUUCUCUGAUGAAGAUAUAGAUGACUUGAUUUCUGUAGUCAAUAAGUUUGUUGAGAUUGAUAGUGAGAUGCAAAGAUUUCUGGAGUUUGUCAAGAUAGAGGACAGCAAACCGGAACAGGCAGUUCAGUGGCGCACAACAAGCUCUAUGCCAAGCUCAGAGAAGUUUUUCGGUCGAGUUAAUGAAGAAAACAAUCUGAAGAAAUUACUUGUUCAGAUCAAUGAACAAUCCAGUCAGCCAUAUGAUGUUAUAUCAAUUGUUGGUAUUGGUGGUGUUGGUAAGACAGCGCUAGUACAGAGAGUGUAUAACCACUUUCAUGACACACAUCACUUUGAUCUCACAGUAUGGCUCCAUGUCUCAGAUAAAUUUGAUGUUGGCCGUCUAACAAAAGAGAUGACAGAGUCAGAUAAUCUCAGCAGUAGUUUAGAUCAAGCUCAGAGGAUACUUCGGGAUAGGCUGAAUGGGAAAAAGGCUUUGAUAGUCCUUGACGAUGUAUGGAAUGUAUUGAGGAGCCAAUUGGAGAACCUGUUCAAACCCCUGAAGUUUGCUAGCCAGGGCAGCAAAGUAAUAGUUACAACUCGAAGUAAAAAUGUUGCAAGUAUGAAUGCAUCAACAGAGAUCAUGGAGUUACAUGGCUUAGAAGAUGAAGACUACUGGGAUUUCUUUUCACAAUGUGCAUUCGGUGAUGCAAAUCCUUCUGAUUUUCCACAACUGAAAAGAAUUGGCCAAGAAGUGGUGAGCAAGUUGGCCGGAUCACCUUUAGCUGCAAUGACAGUUGGGAGUUCAUUGAAAGCGGUGCUAAAAGAAGAACAUUGGAGUUCUAUCUGUGGAAAGAAAUUGUGUCAAAUAGAGCAAAAGGAAGAUGAUAUCAUAUCAGUAUUGCGACCGAGUUAUGAGCAUCUUCCUGACCAUUUGAAGCAAUGCUUUGUUUACUUUGCAUUGUUUCCUAAGAAAUACCACCUUCGAGGAGAUGAGCUAAUACAGAUGUGGAGAGCUCACGGUUUCCUUGACACGCAAACACCAGAUGAAACUGCACGUCGUUACAUCAAUGAUCUCUUGCAGCUUUUAUUCAUUGAGAAGGUACCCAACCAAGAGGACCACUAUGUAGUUCACGACUUGCUACAUGAUUUUGCAGAGUCGGUGUCCAAUGGAGAACACUUCCGAAUAGAAGAUGACUUCAAUCUCGGAAGUGCAGAAGUUCCUUUUCUGGAGGAUAGAUGGCUGAACAAGUGCUUGACUGAGGAGCCUGCACCAGCUCUCUUCUCCCUUGUGAUUGUGACGACAAGAAUCAAGAAUACACACAUUGUUUAG